CCCCGGGAGGGCCAGGCUUCAAGGCAAGCUUGCGCCGCAAUAGCGGCUCUAGGGCUCAGCCUUCCCACAGCAGCAGGAGCAGCGCCCUUCGGCUCCAGCCGCGCCUGCAGUAUUUGAUAUUCAAUGGCUGGAAACGGAGCUAUCAAGUGGCUGAAAUGAAUAUGAACACUAUCUUAGAAGAGAUUCUGAUUAAAAGAUCACAACAGAAGAAAAGGACAUCUCCGUUAAAUUACAAAGAGAGGCUGUUUGUGCUUACAAACUCAAUGUUGACAUACUAUGAAGGUCGAGCAGAGAAAAAAUACAGAAAGGGAUCUGUUGAUAUUACAAAAAUCAAGUGUGUUGAAAUUGUGAAGAAUGAUGGUGCCAUUAUUCCAUGUCAAAAUAAAUAUCCAUUUCAGGUUGUGUAUGAUACUAAUACACUUUACAUUUUUGCGCCCAGUGCACACAGCAGGGAUCAGUGGGUGAGGAAUCUUAAAGAAGAAAUAAAGAAAAAUAGUAAUAUAAUGAUAAAGUAUCAUCCUAAAUUCUGGACAGAAGGAAUUUAUCAAUGUUGCAGACAAACAGAAAAAUUAGCACCUGGCUGUGAAAAAUACAAUCUUUUUGAAAAUAGCAUAAGGAAAUCACCUUCUCCAAUAUCAGAUACAAAUAAGCGAAGGCCUCCACCACCUCUUCCCCCACCUGAGGAAAACGAGGAGGAAGAUGAGGAAAUAGUAGUAGCAAUGUAUGAUUUUCAACCUACAGAGUCUCAUGAUUUGAGACUAGAGAGAGGUGAAGAGUAUACAAUAAUAGAAAAAAAUGACAUUCACUGGUGGAAAGCAAGAGAUAAAUAUGGAAAUACAGGAUAUAUUCCAAGCAACUAUGUAACAGGAAAGAAGUCCAACAAUCUUGAUCAGUAUGAAUGGUACUGCAGAAAUCUGAACAGAAGUAAGGCAGAACAACUUCUCAGAGAUGAGGAUAAAGAAGGUGGCUUUGUGGUGAGAGACUCUAGUCAACCGGGUCUGUAUACAGUAUCCCUUUAUACAAAAUUUGGAGGAGAAGGUUCAUCAGGAAUAAGACACUACCACAUAAAAGAAACAAUGGCGUCACCAAAGCAGUACUAUCUAGCAGAAAAACAUCUUUUUAACACCAUUCCAGAGAUAAUUGAGUAUCAUAAACAUAAUGCAGCAGGUCUUGUUACACGGUUGCGAUACCCAGUGACUCCAAAGAAGAAGCCUGCACCAACUACUGCAGGGUUCAGCUAUGAGAAAUGGGAAAUUAAUCCAUCAGAGCUGACAUUCAUGAGAGAAUUGGGGAGUGGUCUUUUUGGAGUGGUGCGCCUUGGCAAAUGGAGGGCACAAUAUAAAGUGGCUAUCAAAGCAAUCCGAGAAGGUGCAAUGUCUGAGGAGGACUUCAUAGAAGAAGCUAAAGUAAUGAUGAAGCUAACACAUCCUAAAUUAGUUCAGCUAUAUGGGGUCUGUACACAGCAGAAACCUAUUUAUAUAGUGACAGAGUUCAUGGAACAUGGGUGCCUUCUGAACUACCUUCGACAAAAACGUGGACACUUGAAUAAAGAUAUGCUGCUGACAGUGUGCCAGGAUGUAUGUGAAGGAAUGGAGUACUUGGAGAGAAACAGUUUUAUCCACAGAGAUCUGGCUGCCAGAAACUGUUUAGUGAAUGAGUCAGGAGUGGUGAAAGUGUCAGAUUUUGGAAUGACAAGGUAUGUCCUUGAUGACCAGUACACAAGCUCUUCAGGUGCUAAAUUUCCAGUAAAGUGGUGUCCCCCAGAGGUUUUUAAUUAUAGCCGAUUCAGCAGCAAAUCAGAUGUCUGGUCAUUUGGUGUUCUAAUGUGGGAAGUAUUUACUGAGGGAAAAAUGCCCUUUGAGAAAAACACAAAUUAUGAAGUGGUAACUAUGGUUAGCCAAGGACAGCGUCUGUAUCGGCCAAAAUUAGCUUGCAAGAAUGUCUAUGAUGUAAUGAUGAUGUGCUGGCAGGAGAAACCUGAGGGACGGCCCACAUUUGAAGAUUUGCUGCGUACAAUUGAUGAGAUAGCGGAGAGUGAAGAUGCUUUCUGAAGAGAGGAACAGAGGCACAAGAAUUCUACAGUACAACAAAGAAUAAACGUUGUAAAGACACAGAAUUAUUCUUUGAGCAUCAUCGUGCAAGAUUUUGAGUAUGCUGAAUGAAAUGUGGCGAGCCUAAGCAUUAUCAUUUAGCAUUUUCUCAACAGACACAUGGAAAAAUGAUUAUGCAUUGUAGAGAAAGAUGCACAAUAUAUUCACCAACCUGAGCAAUGCAUGCAGCCCCCAACUGGGGAAGGUAGCUCCUGCACCCAACCUCUUCUGCCAAAGACCCUGCCCCAUCCCUUGCUCUCACUGACUGGCCUGCCAACAUAGCUCCAAGCCCUGGGUGGUGCCCAGAGCAUCCCAAAGCCUGGGCCAGCCUGCAAGUGCCCCUAGCAGCCCCAUAUCUUGGCCAGCCCACCAGUGCCCCGAGUAUUCCUGAGGAGCCCUGAACCUCAGUCAAUCUGAGUCCAGACUGCUCAGAAGAGCUUUCAGUCUGAUGCAGUCCAACCUUGGGGCUGUGGCAGGAAGCAUUGGCAGAGGUUUAUGGAGGCUUAGUCUUUCCUAUUAUCUAUUGCCCAUGUUAAUCAAUGUAAGAACACUCCUAAGCUCCAUCAGAGGAGUCACCAUGAGAUUAGUAAAAGGUUGGGAUUGAUGCAUGGAGCAAAUGACAGGAUAUGGCCAAAGCACAAACACUAAGUGCAAUCCUGUGCAAGUGAUGCAUUUAGUGUUCAUGCUUAUGAGUUUCAUUUACUCUUACUGCCAGUCAGUAGUAGUAAUAGUCAAUUGUGCAUUUAAAAGCUGUGCUUAAAACCUAAAAGCAAGGUCAUUUGGUGAGGGCCACCUACUCCUAUAGCAAUGCUUCCAAAGGUUCUAAAUUAUUAUUUCCUCACAGUCUGUUGACUGGUGAUUUAUGCCAUAUACUAGGGCCAAUAUUCUUGCUAUGCUGUUAGUCUGUUUUACACACUCCCCUCAAUUUACUUUUCUUUGUGCGUAGCAAAGUACCAUGGUCAACAGCGUAGACCAAUGGCUCAAGUGCAGCACCGAAAGUCCUCUCUGUGGCACUGAAAGUCCUCUCUGUGGGACUGAGUCCUAAUUUAUUUUAUGCCAGGGACUGUUUCUUGGGACUUUUUCACCCAAAGAGCACUGGGGCCCAGUCCUGAGCCCAAUUAUAGUGAUGAACAGCACGAACUAUACAUCACAGCUGACUUUCAGUGAACUAUAUCACAUUGACUUUAACUAUUAAAUAAUUUAUAUACUCUUUGUACUAUAAAUGUAUAAUGUACACAUCUAUUUAUAUGAAAUGUAAGUGUUCCUGAAAAUGUUAAAACACAAGUUGCUCUAUUUUAGGUUACACAAAUAGUGUGAUAUAUGGUAUCUCUGGAUGAAAGAAAAUAUACCAUGAAUGUUGAUAAAAUGGCAGAUUUCUAUCAUUCUAUCGGUCAUCAGUUGUGCACAAUGAAAUAAGCUUUAUAGAUUGUAUAGCAAAUGUCAUACUACAGUAUGUGUAUAAUAAACCACAUGUUAAUUGUUUGGAAU